UGACAGCGGACGGAAACACCUCCGGGGAAGUUGGACUCCUCUUUGCCACCAGAGCACAAAAUGGGACGCAACCACCUGUUCUCUUUGGGGGCGGCUGUCGUGUGGUCCCUACUCCUCUCCCGGUCAGUUCUUUGUCACGAGAAGACGCACUCGCAUGCUGAGGACGAGCUCUUCAAGACGCUGUUUGCCGGUUACAACAAGUGGUCGAGACCUGUGCCAAACAUAUCUGAUGUGGUCAUUGUCAAGUUUGGACUGUCCAUAGCACAGCUCAUUGAUGUGGAUGAGAAGAACCAGAUGAUGACAACCAAUGUGUGGCUUAAACAGGAGUGGAAUGACUACAAGCUUCGCUGGCGACCGUCUGAUUAUGACAAUGUGACGUCCAUAAGAGUGCCGUCAGAACUCAUAUGGGUACCAGACAUCGUCCUCUAUAACAACGCUGACGGCGAGUUUGCUGUGACUCACAUGACAAAAGCUCACCUGUUCCACACGGGCAAAGUUCGCUGGGUCCCACCUGCCAUUUACAAGAGCUCCUGCAGCAUCGAUGUCACCUUCUUCCCCUUCGACCAACAGAACUGUAAAAUGAAGUUUGGCUCUUGGACCUAUGACAAGGCCAAGAUUGACCUGGAGCGAAUUGAAAACACGGUGGAUCUCAACAACUACUGGGAGAGCGGCGAGUGGGCCAUCAUCAAUGCUGUGGGGACGUACAACACAAAGAAAUACGACUGCUGCCAUGAGAUCUACCCAGACAUCACUUACUUCUUCAUCAUCCGAAGGCUUCCCUUGUUUUACACCAUCAACCUCAUCAUCCCCUGUUUGUUGAUCUCUUGCCUCACUGUCUUGGUUUUCUAUCUGCCCUCGGACUGUGGUGAGAAAAUCACCCUGUGCAUCUCCGUGCUGCUGUCCCUCACCGUCUUCCUUCUCCUCAUCACAGAGAUCAUACCGUCCACAUCCCUCGUCAUCCCUCUCAUUGGCGAGUACCUCCUCUUCACUAUGAUUUUCGUCACCCUGUCCAUCGUCAUCACUGUCUUUGUGCUCAACGUGCACCAUCGCUCUCCCAGCACUCACAAGAUGCCACGCUGGGUCCACUCUGUGUUCUUGGACCUGAUCCCACGCUGGCUGUUUAUGCGACGUCCUGCGCCAGAUGGCCGGCGUCGAAGGCUGUUGCUGCUCCAGCAGGAAGCGGCAGUGGAGCAGCGGCAGGGCCAGAUAGCUGGGUACAAAUCUGGCAAUUGCCUCAGUACCUCAGCUAACUGGUUAAGAGACGGCACCACGUUGGAGGACCCUGAGAGAAGCUGUUACGAGGAUUUAGAGCUGGGAACGCUGACGUCGUAUUUCUCCUUCCGUCCUCCUUCGCCCAGACCUCCAGGGUCCACUCCUCCACCGCAACAGAAAACCCCACAGAACAGCCAGACACGAAAGGACGUAGCCGGAGGGACAGACAGACACUUAACUGGGGCCAGAGUCAAUUCCACUCAGCGGCCCAUGAGAGUCGAAAAUAUUGUAUCGGACACAACAUUCCUGCUUUCACCAAGUGUUAUCCGUGCAUUAGAAGGGGUGCACUACAUUGCAGACCACCUGAGGGCUGAGGAUGCUGACUUCAGUGUGAAAGAGGAUUGGAAGUAUGUCGCCAUGGUGAUCGACCGCAUCUUCCUGUGGAUGUUCAUUAUUGUGUGCCUGCUUGGGACCAUUGGCCUCUUCCUUCCCCCUUGGCUGGCUGGCAUGAUCUAAUGCUUGAGAGAAGUGUUGAAUAGAGGGGGGGGGGACAUACACAACCACCUUCACUUGAGUGAUGUUUGACAUUUAAAACGCAGCUGAACUCUACUUCAACACUGGGGAUGUGACUGAAGUUCAUGUAACACUAUACAGCUCAGUUUGCUGCCUCAUGAGCCAACACCCUCCACACCCCACCAAAACAAAAUUAGGAAACAUGAACUGUGCUGUUUUUGGGUCCUUCUCGCCAGUGGGGCACAAAUCCAAUGGGUUCGUGCUCUCUGCGGCAGUGGCAACUUGUCUCUGCUCGUCAGGCUCAGCUAUCCAGAUUUCGCUCGUCUUUCAUCGGCCUCAGGCGUUACUCCCUCAGCCUCACCUG